AUAUUUACUUUGAGGAGAAAAAAAAAAGGGUUUUGUAUUUUGUAUUAGAUUUGAGUGUGAAGCUUAAUUGCUCAUAGAAUCAUACUCAUCUUCCACGUUCAAAAAUUCAGAAUUCAGAUCAGAGCGUUACGACGGAAACAUAUAUAAACUCCAUGGAGGAAGAGAAAGCACCCUUGAUCGGAGAAAUCGAGGAGGUAGACGCAACCGCCACAGCCCCCACGACGACGACGGAUGAGGUGUCGCCGAAGAAGCAGGUGCGGACGAAGGUGCCGGAGGUGGAGAUCCAUCUGUACCGGCAAGGGAAGGGACCCAUAGCGGUGUUCAAGUCGAACCUUGGUGGUUGGGAACAGGACCAGCUGGAAGUGCGUGAAAUUCUCGAAAAGUACGGACUCAAAUCCAUCUUCGUCUUUAACCCUCAGUCCGGUCGCGGCGUCCCUAUCCGCUUCCACCGAAAUGGGAGGUCCAUCCUCACUUACCACGACGGUGCUACUGUUUAUGUUGAUGGCGAACCUAAGGACUCAGUACUUAAACCAGUGACCAGGAUCUUGAUCGGGGUGCUAGUAAUAACAUUUAUGAUCGCGCUAGUUUCAAGGGACACUCCAGAAUGGAUCAAGAAAUAUAACAUCUUUGGCACAACCUUCUCUCCAUGGAUACUGGCUUGUAUAGUGAUUGUUUUCACCCGCAUGAGGAAGAGAACUAAAGAUUUUCUGAAAAAGUAUGGUUGGUGAAUGGAAGGGAUGGAUGCUUUUGUGUAAGGCUUUUCAUGCUUUUCUGUUUAUGCUUUCAGUUCUUUCACGAAGUUGACAUUUUUUACGAUGAAAUGUGUCAUCACCAAUGGUAUAGGAUAAAUGUCACGUUAUCUGAUGAUACUGCAUAAUAGUUGCUCUUGUUCAGCAAGCAUACAAUUGUCCAUUUUUGUACUACUUUCUUUUUUGUUGUUAUUUUUUUAAUCCUUAGAAGUAUAUCUGAUGAGAGUGGAAAAACGAUUGUAUUUGGGGUCUGCAUCUUACAUUAGGAAUCUUACUUAUGAGCCAA